AUGGUUACUAAAGAUGAGGAAAUGGAUGAAGAAAUUUCAAGAUAUGCCAGAUCUGGCAGAAACGUGGGUAAUAAGUGGUCCAUUGCAAAGAAUGAAUAUUUGUCAAAAGAAAUGAAAAUGGCUGUCAAACUUGCAACCACCUCCAUGGCUCACGCACUAGGUGGAUUGCAAGGGAGAAGUGAUGAAGACCCUCUAGCUACAAAGGAUGCUAAGUUUAUCUACAAGACCAACAAACCACUUGAUGGGAAAGUAGCAGACGAAAAAGAAUCUAUGAUUACAAAAUGGGCAGCUUGGAUUUCUGGUCCCCAGUUAUGUGGUUAUUUGCUGAGUAUUCUAGGAUGGAUUAUGUGUAUUACUUCAACAGCAGCUGAACAGUGGAGAAUAUGGCAUGUGGAAAAUCUGAUAGGCAAUCCUUCUGGUGUGGUAUGGGUUGGAAUCUGGAGAGUCUGUUACAUGUAUGGGAGUGAUUCAGAAAAUAUAUUUUUACACUGUGAAGAUUUCACUGAGGACUACAAGACCCUCCCCAAGGAAAUUUUCUUGGCUCAGGAUCUCAUGUCCUUGGGCUGCAUUGUGGGAGCAGUGGCGAUAUGUUUCAUGACCUUCGCUUUAUGGAAUGUUUUCAAAACCAUCACACAAAGAACGUUUUUGCUUACCUUUUUUAGUCUUGGUGGCAUUCUGAACGUAAUGGCAGGUAUUAUGAUCUUAAUUCCAAUUUCCUGGAAUCUGUAUUCUGUCCUGAAUAACGCAGGAAUUGUGUUUCCUGAAUUUUUCCGAGUACCUACUUUUCCAAAGGAGCAGCAGGUUGGAGCUGCUAUUUAUGUUGGGUAUGUUGCUGCGGUUUUAUUCCUGCUGAGUGGUUUUCUUAUUCUUUGUAAUAAAUAUGCUUUGAAACUUAAUCAAGAAAAAAAUCCAAAAUUAGUAACUCUACCAAUGACUGAUGAACUUUGUACAGUCUGUCGGUCUUCUGUGGUAAUUGACAUACAGAAUAAAAUGCCAUCUGAAACCAGUAUUGAUGACUUACUUUCAGAUGGUACAGAUAUAAAUAAACAUUCUCCAAAAACAGUUAAAGCUCAGCCGAGUGAACACAUCAGUAAUCAUCCUAUUAUAUUAGUUACUCCAUGCAAAUAA